CAGUGAAGGAAGGUUUGUCAGUACUGGAGAACGGAUCCGACUGCCAGAUGACGUAACUAUGGGAUAUAUAAUCGAACACCUGCUGAAGCAACCGUUAACAGUCGUCGACCAAUUUCACUCGCAUUUGGAGCUGCUCAAGUUCAUCAGGAAGGAUAUGAUUGAAGAUCAGAUUUCAUUCAGCUACGCGAAGAGUAAAGGGGAAUGGAAUAUCGUGAAGAUAGAUGGAUUUGACGAAGUUGAAGACCAGUACAGAUUCCUGUCGCUGCACUGUUUUCUGUUCCCGUACUUCAGCUUUUGUCCUGGACGGAGGUGAAGAAUACACCAUCGUGUUCCAGAAAAACAGUUGGUAAGUUGGCAAAAAUGCAAUGUGAUCAACGAAAAAGAAGGUUCGUGGUGCUGAGAGGAGGCAGAGGCAUUCUGUGGUCUCGUGUUGAUUGAUUAACGUAUUCUACCUGAAGAUAGACAACCAUGAACUAUAUUUUGGUGUCCAUAAAAGGGAUCUGCUAACGACAUCAGCAGAAUAUAUAAAUGAAUAUAAAUCGUGUCUCAAUAUUCCGUGGACAUAGACUUACUUUUAGACUUACAAUAAGUCUGUUGAAUAUUAUUUACCUUUAUGCAAUAGUGCUUCGUUUGUCCGUUAGAGGGCAUCAAAAGUUUCCUUUUCGGAAACAAUUUUUUUCAGAUAUCUUGGAACCGAUAGUCCGAUUUGAAUGAAAUUUGUGAAACAUGUGUUUUCUGGACGUCGCAAUAUUUGACUUUUACAAAAAAAACGAAACUGCUGCAGGGUGAAAACAACCCCCAACCCUACAUAAGUCAUAGCAGAUCUUUUUCGCAGCUCCCCCAACGACUCUGAGGUUUUUUCAAUUACUUAAUUUUUUUUCAAAACAGAUCGUUGUUUCCGAGAAAAAAAUGUUUUUCGGAGCUGCUUUCUAAAAAACCUUCACAUUACAAACUUCAAGUGUUAAAAUUCUUUGCGCUGUAUUGUUAUGUUCAGGAACACUUGUGUUUUGCUGGAGUUCAUAAUAUCUGACUUUCACAAAAAACCCGAAAGGGUUCGGGAAGGGUGAAAACUUCACCACUACAUAAAGUAAAUUUUUUCAGAACUCUCCCAAUGACAUUGAGGUUUUUUUAUUUGAAAUACCUUUUUACGACUUUAUUUUUGGUCUCAUAAAAACAGGUCAUUUCGCAUGGUUUUAGAGAAUAAAAUAUUUUUCGGAGUUGGUUUCUAUAUUUUCUUGUUACAUCAAAUUUCUAGCACCGUAUUGUUAUGCUGAGGAACAAAAAUGGUGAUCAGAUUGAACACCUUUUAUGAAAGAUUCACACUAUUGCCUGUAUUAAAUAAAAUAUUCGCUAAGUACACUUAAAACAUGAAUAAGACGCUUGGGAACUUCUUGAUGCAACACAUUUUUUUCUGAAAACUAUCCGAGAUGGCCUGUUUUUAAAAUGAGAUAACAAAUGAAGUAAACAAAAAGAUCUACUAAACGAAAAAAAAAAAAUCAGGGUCGAAGGGAAAGUUUCCAAAAAAUUCUGGUAAAAUUUAUGGAGGGGGAGAGGGCUAGUUUUCACCGUUCUCGAACACUUUAGAGUUAUUAGUAAAUAUCAAUUAUUAGAACGUCUAUCAAAACAUAUGUGUUCCAAAUUUCAUCCUAGUCGUACUAUCGGUUCUUUGAAUAUCUUAAAAUAAAGAUUUUUUCAAAAAAGCGCAUUCUUGCGGACAAACGGAGCAGUUUUGAAAGGUAAAUCAUGUCUGAUCGACUUAUUUUGAGUCUAAAAAUACCUGGUACAUCUAUGUCCAUGAAAUAUUGGGGUACCCUGCAGAACUACUUUGAAAACGUUCCAAGUAUUUAGCUGUGCUACUGUCUCAUAGGUAGCACUAGGAUUUGGACUCACUAACACCUUUUUCAAUUGAGCUUGUUCAGGUGUAAUAGGUUAAGAUUUAUUCAUUCAUUCAAAAAUCUUUCUAUCUGUGAUGUUGUAUAUAUUUUUAAGGCACAGAUUGUGCCGUAUACGUAUUAUUAUUGUUUUUAACGAUUCGCAAAUUUUUAAUUGUAGGCCUGCUAGUCUUGUAUAAAAAUUUAUUUUGAGCGGAUACUGUAGUGCAAUUCUUUUAACAUAUUAUGUCUAAGGGUAUUUAUUUGGAGAUUUGAUAUGGGACUAUAAAAAAAACAUCGACGAAGCAUCAAAAUUUACCCUCCAAAAAGUAUCUCAACUUUUUCGAUGGAUGAAGAAGAGUAACAAAACUCACCAUGCAAAGCUCAAACAUAAAAUUUCGCGCCUUUGCUGAUGAGAUGGUAAUGAACACGAAAGCGCUGACUGCGGUUGGAGACGGUUACAGAGACUUACGGCAAACAUGUAUAUUUCAGCAUGUGUCGAUACAGAUUCAGAAGUCGACGUCAAGCCGGAAACGGUAGUUACUAAUUUGUAGUAAUUAGUUACUACAAAUUUCAAUUUUUCCCUAAAGGAGUGAGUGUUAUUCUCGUAGUGUCAGAAAGACUGAUAAUAACGCCACUUUUGCUAAUUCGUGACUGUAUUUAUUAAAUUCAGUAAAAAUGUUCCUUCAGCAGCAAUGCAAGCUUGGCAUCUUCUUAAAAAAUGAUCAGGUUAUCAGACGGGCGAAUCUUCCGCUAUUAACAGACUCAUCUGCUUCCGUUAUUUUGUCCUGUAAUCUACCAGACCGCCCUGUCCAUCUGCUCGUGUAUUCCGUAUCAAGAUGUACUCUAACUGAACGUUCAUAGUGCGCCGGGAAAAGGAUACAAUGAUUCUCCUAUCUAGAAUCUCUGUCAACAUGUUUACUUUAAAACGAUACCGUGAGUAUCUUGUCUCAUCAAAUCGCAAGAUUCAGUGGGCUGUACUUUUGGGCACUCCCGUGCUUGCUUGUAUUUGACGUACUCGGGUCUUGUUCGACUGCUUGUAGUACGACGUCCUCGAAGAAAAGAAAAUCCCUCCUUCACCAUGAGCUUGAUUUGGGAAUCGUCUCCCUGAGAUUAAACGACGCACAUUCACAAAAACUCGGUGAUCGGGGUGAGAGCAGCAUUUGGGUAUCUCUCCUAGCUGCAACACUAGCAUUGCAUCUAUAUUCCCCAUAAAUGAGGACCAUGUUGGCAUAUUCCUGUACAGUGUACCCAGUCAUCACUACACAAUCAUGAAUUAAUAAAAGUGGCGAUACUAUCUGUCUUGCUUUCACUACGUAGAAUGACACUCUCCGUCACUCUAAGAAGAAAUUGAAAUUUGUAGAAAUGGGAACUAAGAUAUCAUCACAAUUUGAAAAGUACACGACUUAGACUUUUGUAUAAUCUCGUUUCUGGCUUGUCUUCGACUUCUGGGACACCCUGUAUAGAAAAGCAUUGCUGUUUGACACCGUGAAUACAUUUUCCGAUUAAUUGAUAGGUCGACCGAGAUGGUGGUGCGACAUCUAUCUAUGCAAAGCGCAGAAUAUCGAACAAUUAUGAGCCAGAGACGUAGGGGGUCUUUCUCUUCUUUCUUCACAUAAUGGGAUAAGGAUGAAAUUCAGCUUGACAAACCAUUGGUAGGUGGAGAUCGUCAGAUGUCUCGCCUACUUGCGCAUAUCGAAUGUGUCUAUCCACAUCUGGACUAACAAUCUUUAUUGUCUGACCUUCCAUAAAAAAUACAGAGAUACUAAAUGAGUUCUCUAUUAGUGGAAGAAUUUCAAAUACGUGUUACUCAACAUAUAAGUCAAGAAAUUUCAAAUAAAGAUUUUAGCUUUCCAAUUAUGUACCCUCAAAAUCAAUCUUUUAGCUAUGAUUUUAAACAGCAACCAAGAAUAUAACAAUAUCAUAUUUAUUUUUAGUGUUGUUUAUCGUUUUUGUGAUACUUUGUACACGUGUAUAGCUGCAAAUAUAAUUUAGUGUGCAAUUAUUACCGAUCGCUCUUUGUAAGCAAAGUAAACAGAUUACAAAGAGUAGGUCGCCAUCAGUAGCUGUUUUCACCUCGGCUGGAGCGAUGACGUUGCCGAGACUGCUCGUCACUAACACAGGUUUUUUCUCGGAAAGUAAUAUAUAUGGCGGAAACCUCGCAUAAAUCAUAACGCUACCGGGCGGUAACCCGCUGCAAAUUUGUUUAAGCAAUUUUUGCAAUAAAUAGAUUUUCGGCUCGUCCGGAGUUCCUUUAUGGUAUUUGGAUCAUGCUUUUGCAGAUUUUUAAAUCGCUUAUAACUGGAACGUCAACGUCAGAGAGGGGUUACUAAGGACCUCUUUUGUUUAAAAUAUGUAAUCCAAAAAGCCUAAAUGAAUGAGAAAAACAUGUUUUUGUCUGUUUCGUUUCAAAAGAUUGUUCAAACUUUGCACCGUAUCACCGCCCGGAAACAUCAUUAUUUAGGUUAAACGACAUCCAACAGACCUGAUAAAAAGAGAGGGAUAAUCUCUCUCAGCUUACCAAAACAUGAAAGGUUUUCACCAGUGCUCCUACUUCUGUUUAGUCUGUUUACUUUGAUUGGAAGCACAUUCGCCUCUGGAUAAAAUAAUUGCUCAAUUAUCCAAAUUGUGUAUAUAUGUAACUAUUGGAAUGAACGUUGAAAUUUUUAUGUAUUGAAUU